AUUCCAGCACAUCAUGUUUCAACUCCUUCCAGACGAGUCCUAUCACUUUGAGCUGCUCCGCACUCUCUCUGCGGCACGCUACAAUGGCGCCGAUGUAGGCGAAAUCCUCGAGGCUGCCGACAAACUGGAAAUCGGCAACCUGGAGAGCUGGUACACUGCGUUUUAUGAUCUUGCCCAGCGGGUCGAAUCCCAAGCCCAAGCCAUCGACUCUGCUCGUCACCGUAUCUCAGCCCGCGAUGCCUGGUUCCGAGUGGCCACCUACUACCGCACCUCUGAAUUCUACCUACACGGCAACCAGUCGGAUCCCCGCCUCAAUGAGGUCUGGGAUAAACAGGCCGCCGCCUUUGACAGGGCGCUGCAACUCAUGGAUCAACCGGGUCAGAGGGUGACGAUCAAGACAGACCAUGGCUUUGACGUUCUGGGCAUUUUCUGCCCGGGAGCAGGGGACCCGACGACCCCGAAGCCGACCAUUAUCGCAGGAACCGGCUAUGACGGGAGCAUGGAGGAAGUUAUACACCAUGUCGGGUUUGGAGCCAUUGAGCGUGGGUUCAACGUCAUCACAUACGAAGGCCCAGGACAGCCCACCGUGCUCCGACAGCAGAACAAAGGAUUCAUCCCUGACUGGGAGAAAGUGGUGACGCCCAUCGUGGACUAUCUGGUGCAGCGGGAGGAGGUAGAUGCCUCCCGCAUCGCGCUGAUCGGAGAGAGUAUGGGCGGGUAUCUUGCUGUCCGCGCAGGAGCCAUGGAGCACAGAUUAGCAGGCGUCAUGGCGAUCGAUGGUGUGUGGGAUGUGUACGCUGCGUUUACGAACAUCCUGCCGCCGCAGCUCAGGGAGUUUCUCGACAACGGCGAGCGAGACAAGAUGGAUCAGGUUGUUCGCCACAUGCUCGAUCAGAACUCGCUGCCGAUGAAGAUCCGCUGGGGUAUUGAACAGGGUCUGUGGAGUUUCAGGACACACUCGGCGUACGACUGGUUCCAGAUGGUGAAGCCGAUGGCAUUGGCCGGCGUCAUUGAGAAUGUCAAAUGUCCCGUCUGGGUGGGCGAGGCUGCCAAUGAUAUUUUCUUUGCAGAACAACCCAAGAAGGUGGCAGAUGCCCUCGGUGAUAAGGCCACCUUUGUUGUUCUCACGGAUGCCGAUGCUGCUGGCAAUCAUUGCCACGUUGGCGCUCAGUCAUUUCUAAACCAGUUGAUCUUUGACUGGUUCGAGGACGUGACACAGUGAUGCCAGUCCUGGAAUCAGAUGUCAUCAGUAUGAGACUGAUGUAUAGAUUAGCGUUCUUUCAUCUUCAGCAAUUAUACAAGUCAUUGUUCUAAGGACC